AAAGAAACUAAUCUAACCGCUCAUAUUGGAAACCUUACGUCUCUUAGCUGCACAAUACAACGGCACGCUCUGCAAGAACUAUAUUGAUUAUGAUGUCUGGCUCCCACCCACCCAGACCGUGGCUUCCAUCGAGGGCGUCCUGGCUGCCAAAGGAAUGAACCAGUCCUCGCUCACUCAACUGACUGCGGAGUGCUACGAGCCCUUUAUGGAGUACGUCUGCUCCUCGUCCUUCCCCAGAAUCGAGGCUGUCCCUGGACAAGCCAACACAUUCAACGUCAGGUUCGCCUGCACAUCAACUUGCCAGGACGCGUUCACGCAGUGCUCGCAGCUAUUCACAGUCUUUGGCAUGCAGAGCCAGAUCCCACAGUGUGAUGCCGCUAUUCCCGGCACCACGGCAUUCGCGCCACCUAAUGGCAUUAUGUACCAGCCCGACGGCACCUGUAACGCGGUCCAUGCCCUGAGCGUUAACGGUGGCCCAGCUGGAAUCGGCAACCGCACUACCACAUGCGAUGCCCCGUUUGUGACGGAUCCUAUGACGGGACCAGGAGGCACGACGACCAACCCACAGUUUUGCAUGAACGGAUGCUGCAUUCCCUGCCCGGCCCAAUACUAUUUAUACCGCGAAGGUGCCCUGGACACUGGAUUCAGAAUCACGAACAUUAUCCGUGCCAUCUCUGCGGUCCUCGGCUUCCUCUUGAUGAUGACCUAUCUGUGCUUGGACGAUAAGCGGUCGCAUCCAAGUGCCUUGAUUCUCUUCUUCUCGAUCUGUGUCUUCUUGUUCUCGGUCGUGAUCGUCUUCCCCUUGGUUGACACCAGGGCUAUGCAAUGCGCGGAUCUGAUCAACCCGAGUACUCAGCAAAACAAUCUCAAGUGUGCAAUUCAAGGAGCAAUACUGGUUUUUGCUUCGGUUGCCACCUGCGCCUGGUGCACAGCCCUGAUUCUUAACCUGCACUUUCACACUGUCUGGAACUCUGCCUGGUUCGCGAAGAAGUACUGGCUCCUCCACAUCCUCUGCUGGGGCUUCUCUUUUGCCGUCGCGGGCGUUGCUUUGGGCAUGGGCGAGAUCAAAUGGGAGUAUGCGACCCUCUGUCUAGUCUCUCAGGCUAAGGCCUCCCAGAUCUUCUUCUAUCCUUUGGCCGCUAUGGUCUUCCCUGCGUUCUUGAUCCACAUCGCGACCUUUAUCCACAUUGCCAGGAUCUCUGUCAUGUCCAGCGAGAACUCCGAGACCAUGUCUCGGUCCACCCUCUCGGCCGGUGCUGCCGCCGUGAUCUCGCAUCGUCGCCAUGUCAUGAUGGCCAUCCGCAUCCAGUGGCGCGCGGCUCUGAUGGCUAUCUGCGCCAUUGUCAGUGUCAUGAUGUACUGGCUUUUCUACUUUAUCCAGCUUCGCAAGAUCGACCCCAGUGCCCUGCGUGAGCAUAUCAUCAUGUUCGUGUACUGUCUCAAGGUCGGUAAGGCUCACGAUACCUGCGCAGACGAGCUGUCCCCGUACCUGCCGCCCUAUGGACUCAUGAUCGCUGCCGAGAGCGUUGUCUCCUCGAUCGGAGCUGUCAUCUUCAUUGUCUUCUUCAAGCCGGCUCUUGUGAGGGAAUGGGGUGAUAAACUCGCGUCACUCGGCUACCUUCUCUGCGGCAAACGCAAGCUCAAGAAGGAGCAGGACCAAUUCUUUGUCAUCUAAGAACAGCAGAUAUCCGAAUCAUUGUUAUUAUUAUGUUUCGUUCUCUCUUUUUCGUAGAUACCUCUUUCUUCGCCUUUACUACAUUUCAUAUUUUAAAGCUCACCAUUAAUAAUAAUGCCUCCAUGUU